AUGAUGUGCAUUGUAUUGCUAUUCUUCUUGUCCCUACUGAGCUUGGACAUGGCUCUGCGUGGAGAACCUCGUAGGAACGAGCGUCUUACGAGAGAACUUCAUCCAGAAUUAUCUAGGGAAGAGCGUCGUACGAGAGAACUUCGUCCAGAAUUUCCUAGAAAAGGUACGAGAGAUGGUCGUCCGGGAAAAAGUCGUACGGAGGAACGUCGUACGGGUGUGCUCGGAACACCUGGCUUCGGUUUUAAAGACAGGGGAUCUUCCCGCGACAAUAAGAAUAUUCCACAUGGCAUGGAUCGCAUGACAAUUGGUCGAACAAGUGGACACCAUGCGAUGGAGCGCGGGAGGGAAAAUUUCGGUGAUAGGCAACUCAUCAAGGGCAAAUAUUCCAGUCGUACAAAAUACCAAGCCCCUGAAGUAGGAGGACAUGUGAAAGUCGGGGACAAAUGGGUGGACAAGGACCUUUGGAAAAAAAAUCAUCAGUUGGUUUUAAGCCAGUUGAAAGUGACGCUGGGACUUGACAGGAUGACAACAAAGUCGACGGACAAGAUAACAAAAAAGCCUUGGGGACGUAGAAGAAGUCACUGAAGUGCGCAUACUAUACUUCCUAACAUCCUUAACCGUAAUGAUGUGACACUGGAUAAUUCAUUUUUUUCAAAAAUAAAUCCCUUGCCUCGCAUGUGUGAUUUCAAUAAAGCUUUUGGCCUGCUUUUGGUGCAACUGAG